GGCAGUUGGCAUCACACUCCCUUGGUAAGAACCGACCUCGUUAAGGAGGGCAUUCGAAGGGCGCGCGUGUUUUGUUUAGUUCUUCUCCGUGCGCAGUGUGUGUGUCUUUUGUUUUCUCCGACUUCUUCGUGCGCAAUCGUCACCGCCAACAGACUGACUAAUCCUACUCAAGUUGGUCUGACGGGAGUUGGCUGAGUCAGCAGAGAGUCAGAGAGCGCUUCGCUGACCUAAUUCGAGUUGGUGACCGGACAAGGAGCUUUAGUGUCUGCAAGAGUCAGGAGUCCUUGGAGUCAGGAGUCAGCAGUGUCAGCAAAAAUCAGACGAGGACUCACGAUCUUCCCACUCGCACCCCGAAAGUCAGCAAGUGUCAGAACAAGACUUCUCGGCUGACCAAUAGCUUUCUAAGCGGACGUGACGCGCCGGGGACAGCCACCAGAGUCAGGGCGCGAGCUACAAAUUACCUCUUGUCCAGCGGGCCCAGAGAGGAAGCCACUUGCCUGUGUUUGUUGUUCUUGUUGUAAUCGUCUCACUUUGGGUGUUCUUUUUGCAAAUAAAAAGGAAAGUGAAGAAGAAAGAAAAAAGAAAUGACACAGAUAUACGUAUAAAUAACAGAGAAAAGAGAGAGAGAGAAAAAAAAACAGUAACAGUGCAUAAAAAAGGAAAAGUUGACAGACUCAUUAACUCGAGAGUGAUUCGGACGCUGCUUCGAAUUCCCCUCACGCCAUCGCUUCUUUGUUAAACCCAGUGCAUUAACCGGCUAAUAAAGUAGCGAUGAACUGAACAAAGACCCCAUCCUGUGACGCUGCUACAGAACCCCAAGUAGUCAGUCCCCUUCGCUACCUGGGAUAUCCGCCGGGGUUGUGAACGUCAGAGGCGAAAACUUGCGUCCGGCGAAAAGGAUGGACCACCUAGCCACGCCCCAGAAGUACCCGGAUGUCGAGUACCACAACAUGACGUGGGAAGCUUACCGUCAGCCCGAGGACGAGUCGGAGAUAGCGAAGAUGUCCCGCGGGGUAGCCACCUCGAUCGCGGUCCUCUUCAUCGGCUACAUGAUCUUAGGCCUCACCGGGAACUUCCUGACGAUCCUUGCCCUCCUGAGGUGCCCUCGAGUCCGAAACGUCACGGCCGCCUUCAUCAUCAGCCUGUGCGUCGCGGAUUUCCUGUUCUGCGUGCUGGUUCUGCCGUGGGAGGUGUCGCGGUUCUUGGCUGGGAAGUGGAUUUGGGGCGAAGGCUGGAUCUGCACGCUGUUCCCGCUGCUCAGAUACUGGAAUGUAGCCGUGUCUCUGCUCUCGAUCGCUAUGAUUACCAUUAACAGGUACAUAAUGAUAGCCCACUUUAGCGUCUAUAAGUCCGUGUACAGGAAGGGAUGGAUCGCCCUUAUGAUCGCCUUCUGCUGGGUCUUCGCCUUCGUCAUGCUGCUGCCGACGCUCCUGAAGAAGUGGGGGAGGUUCGGAUUCGACGCCCGCCUGCAGACGUGUUCGAUCCUCGACGACAACAAUAAAUCCCCGAAGCAGGUGUUGUUUGGGAUCGGAUUCUGUGUUCCGGCCAUCAUCAUCGUCAUUUGUUACUCGCUUAUAUUCUUCGUCAUUCACAAAUCCGAGAUGAGGAUGCGGCACCACAGCACGCGGGGCAUGAACGGGACGCACUCCGGGCCUCCUCUGCAGAGCCAAGUCAGAGGCACGGGAAAGAUGGAACGCGAAGCCCGGAGGAGAAGGAACGAAUGGAGAAUUACAAAGAUGGUACUUAUUAUCUUUAUCGCUUUCCUGGUGACGUACCUGCCCAUUACCCUUGUCAAGAAUCUGGAUAAGAAGGUGAACUAUCCAGGUCUUCACGUCCUCGGCUACGUCCUUAUCUACAUUUCGUCGUGCAUUAACCCGGUCAUUUACGUCAUCAUGAACAGGCAGUACAGACAAGCUUACAAGACUGUCCUCCUGUGCAAGCGACCUCGACUGCCCUCCCUUACGUCAUCGCAUUCAGAGUUGCCCAAAGGGUCGGCGAGUCGCAGGUUUGCCUCAUCAAGGUGCAGUAGUUGCAUGUCUCGGGGCUCGCUCGGGGGCAGCGCGAGGGUGACGCCCCCCCAGCAUGACCUCGGCCGCCCUCGCCCGCUGUCCUUGCAUGAUGACCUUUGCCUUCGUAAAAAGCAGCCGUUCCGUUCUAGGCUCCUGGGCUCCGAGACGCCCCACACCCUCAGCGUGGAAAUGGUGUCCUUGGACGGGUUCAGGACGCUCGAGUCCGUCAGGUCCAGCCACGUGCUGAGGGGCGGCGCCAAGACCAGGUGCCCCGCGUGCCAGGCCAGGAGGAGUACCCAGACCAGCUCCCUCAGGAACACCCAAAGGAUCUCCUUCUUCAACUCGGACUUCGGGGGCCGCAAGCUCAGCAGGGACGAGUGCCAGGACCUCGAGUGCAAUUCCAAGGCCUUCCUCGACCACCUCCUGAAGGUGGAGGCCUCCUCGAGCACCGAAACCCCCUCGUCGUCGAGAUCGCACAGCCCGAAGGAAUCCAGGAAGCGAGAAAAGGAAGAAAACGGAAGGGAAGCGAGCGACGAUAGUAAUCGCGAGUUCAAGGAAGACAAAGUCCUUCCCGCCGCCGCCACUCGCGCCCCGCCGACCGCCGCCCAGAAGCCAGAGCCACAGAGGCCCAGCCAGAGGGAGACUGCAGACCCAGCGCCCGCGGGAAAGACCGCAAGACCCGUCCCUCCAGCCAAGACACACAGAUACUCCACUACCUCCUCGGACUCGAACUCAGACGCGACCUCCCCCUCGAGCAGCGGCGAGACGAGGGGCCAAACCGCCGCCUCUUCCUCGCCCUCGUCCACGGAAUCGAGCCUCAGCGACGUUGACCCAACAGACGUCCUCAUCCGCCCCAAGAACGCCGACGUCUCCAGCGACCUCCUGGCUGAAGUCAGUCGAGGAAUCUACGACAAGCACGCUUCGUGGGCGCCCUGGGUACCUGACCUCUUCCCGCAUGAAGACAGUACCAUUAUCGAAAACAAAUCCGUUAGUGAAGACAAAGCCAUUAGCAAAAACAAAUCCAUUAGCGAAGACAAGUCCAUUAGUGAAGACCAAUCCAUUAGCGAAGACCAAUCUAUUAACGGAGACAAAUCCAUUAGCGAAGACAAAUCCAUUAACGAAGACAAUACCGAUAGCGAAGACAGUUCCAUUUUCGAAACAGAAGUGCAUGACAAAAACGGGGUUCCGGAGAAUGUGCAUGAUGGGACUAAUGAAUUGCAUGACGGCUGUAUAGAAGGCUAUGAUAAUUUGAGUUACGUGGACUAGUCAGAUCUGGCCUUUGCAUGACUAACCUGAUAAGCUAACGAGCGAGGGAAGGCCAGGAACAGGGCAGCGGUUGAGGAGCUGAAUGACAAGACGCUCAUGUCACAAGUCUCCCUGUCUGACGCAGCUGCCAUGCCCGAGUGUCAUGAGCUGCCGGAGGUCUUCGUCGACAAAUAAGGAACG